AUGUUAGGCAAGUACGAACAGAGCAGGGAUGUGCGAACAUUCAGUAUAGGUUCUACAUCAUGUAACCUGAUGACAGGGGAAAGUUGCAGUCCACACUCCCAGCCCUGGAUGGCCGCACUGUUUUACCAUUUGGAGCACUACUGUGCUGGAGUUCUGGUGCAUCCGCAGUGGGUGCUGUCAGCUGCGCACUGCUGGAAACCAUCCUACACCAUUGUGCUGGGCCUCCAUGGAAUUUAUGAUUGGUACAUAAACGGCAGCCAGAUUAUCAAGGCCAGCUACUCCGUGAAGCACCCACAAUACAUCAACCCUAUGAAUGGUAGUGACCUCAUGCUCAUCAAGUUGAACACAUCAGUUGUGGAAUCAGACACCAUCCAGACCAUCCCCAUUGCGUCCGAAUGUCCCACACUUAAUUCCAUGUGCUGGGUCUGUGGUUGGGGUGAGCUAUUGGAUGGCUACUUCGCUUUGGAUCUGCAGUGUGCGAUUGUUCAUGUGGUUGCAGAGCAGGAGUGCAGAUUCAUGCUUGACGAACACUACCAUGACAGUAUGUUCUGUGCUGGUGGUGAGAGCCGCAGGAACACUUGCCGAUUAGACUCUGGAGGCCCCCUGUUGUGCAAAGGGGUCCUGCAGGGCCUUGUGUCCAUGGGAACCCGUCCAUGUGGCCAACUUGAUUAUCCAAGCAUCUACACCAACCUAUGCAAAUUUAAAGAGUUUGGAGGCUAUUUCACGGUGGUGAUUGGAAUGGGAUAUGGACACUGUCCAAGUGGGGAUGAGGCUGGCAGCAGGGAUGGGUCUGGGCAGGAUGGAGGUGGGAAUGGCAAUGGGGAUGGCACUGAGGUUGAGGAUGAAUACUACACUACUGGGCUGGGCCUCCAUGGACUUUCCGAUUGGUUUGAACCAGGCAGCCAGAUUAUGGAAGCCAGUUUCUCUGUUCAGCACCCACAAUACAUCAGACCUAAGAGUGGUAGUGACCUCAUGCUUAUCAAGUUGAAGAAACCAGUUGCCAUAUCAGACACCAUAGGGAACCUCCCUAUCACAUCCAGAUGUCCGACACGUGGAACCAGAUGCCGGAUCUCUGGCUGGGGUCAGCUAUUGGAUGGCUACUACCCUUUUUAUCGGCAGUGUGCAGUUAGUCCGGUAGUUUCAGAGCAGCAUUGCAGAUUCAAGCUUAACUCAAGCUACCACAACAGUAUGUUCUGCGCUGGUGGGGAGGGCCGCAAGGACUCUUGCCGAUCAGACUCAGGAGGCCCCCUGGACUGUGUUGGGGUUCUGCAGGGCUUUGUGUUCUGGGGACAACCUCCCUGUGGCCAACCUGGAGUUCCAGGAUUCUACACAAACCUCUGCAAAUUCAAAGGGUGGAUAAAUGAAAUUAUCCAGACUAGAUAA